AUGAUAAGAGUAGUGGUGAGAGGUUUUGCGAGCUGUAAGAUAGCCAGGCUUAGCGCAAAAUCAUAUCAGAGCUCACGAGCACAAAUCCUCCCUUCCCCUAAGGAAUUGAAACAGUUUCUAGAUGAGUAUAUUAUUGGUCAAACAAACGGCAAAAAGGUUCUAAGUGUAGCAGUGUACAAUCACUAUCUAAGGGUCAAUGAUAGACAGAAGAGGUUAGAGGCUAAGGUACAAAGUGAAUUAUUGGAAAAGCAAAGAUUAGAAGACGAUGAGAGUGAGCCUAUUUACAAAAGUUCAGAGACCGAUGUUGGAUAUCGCAAUCUAAAAGAGCAGUUAAACGAAACUCUUAAUUCAAGAGAUGAAGAUUUAGAACUCGCCAAGAGUAACGUUUUAGUAGUAGGACCAUCAGGCUCAGGAAAGACUUUACUAGCUUCAACUUUGGCUCGCGUGCUUGAUGUGCCCAUUGCGAUUACUGACUGCACCCAAUUAACCCAGGCUGGUUACAUUGGUGAAGACGUAGAAGUGUGUAUCGAGCGAUUACUCGUCAACGCGAAUUACGAUGUUGCAAAGGCAGAGAGGGGCAUUAUUGUGUUGGAUGAGAUAGAUAAACUUGCGAAGCCUGCUGCCAGUAUUGGGACUAAGGACGUAUCAGGCGAAGGGGUCCAACAGUCUUUGCUGAAGAUUUUAGAAGGACAUAGAGUCGAGGUCAACCUCAAAAGACCUGUCAAUAAAAAGAAGGAUAAUCAAAACAAUCAAAUUAGCGCCAAAAAGGAAGAAACAUUUGCUGUCGAUACCUCAAAUAUCCUUUUUAUGCUGAUGGGUGCUUUUGUUGGGCUUGAUAAACAUAUUGUGAAAAGAGUCGAGAAUAUUAGAGGUAUCUCAGAUCCUCAAACUCCUGAAGAUAAAAAUGAAGAGAUUAGAAAACUUAGAUUUAGUAACACGAUUGAACAAGUGAAAUUAGAGAAUGGUAAAAUGACAUCAGCAUUGAAUUUGGCCACUCCAACCGAUCUAGUAAGCUUUGGAUUGAUACCUGAAUUAAUUGGAAGAGUACCUAUCAUCACAGCCUUAGAGCCUCUAGAAAGAAAGGAUCUUUUCGAGAUUUUGAAAGAACCUAAAAAUGCACUCUUGAAUCAAUACGAAUACAUUUUCAAACAGUUCGGCGUCAGGUUAUGCAUUACUGAAAAAGCUUUGAUGCGAGUGGCACACUUUGCCCUGGAUGAGGGUACAGGCGCGAGAGGUUUGAGAGGCAUCAUGGAACGUUUAUUGCUUAAUGUGAACUACGAAUGCCCAGAUUCUGGUAUUUCUUAUGUGCUGAUAAAUGAAGACACCGUUAAUUCAUUGAAACAAUCAGAAUAUACUUUCUCGACACAUGUUAAGGCAAAAUAUUAUUCUCGAGGGGAACGAGAUCAGUUCAUCGAGGAUGUUUAUAAGGAGGAUAGAGAAAUGGGAAAGUUGUUGGAUGCGGAGUAUGGAAGAACACCUACUAGAUUCAAAGAAAAAAAAAAGUGA